AUGAAUAACAAUAGCAAUAAUCAUUUUUAUUUUAUAAACAAUAACAAUAAUAAUGAUAAUGUUGGACAAUAUCAUGAAAAUAAUCAUAAUAACAAUGCCUCAAAGAAUAAUGAAAACAACGGUGUCUAUAUAAUUCAUAGUGACGGUUUAAGUUCAUCUGCAGAUGCAUUGAAUAUUCAAAAUAUAUUACAUAGUCAUAGUUAUAGUCAAAAUAAUAUUAAUAAUAAUAAUAAUAAUAAUCAUUUUUAUCAACAACAACAACAACCACAACUACAACAACAACAACAAUUUCAAGAUAUUAAUCAAAAUGUUAAUGUUGGUGGUACUAGUAAUUAUUUUAGAACAUUAGUUUCGGGUAAAAAGAAAAGAUUCAUUCAAGAUGGAUUCAAUCUUGAUCUAUCGUAUAUAACAGAGAGAAUUAUUGCCAUGGGCUAUCCAGCUGAUAGCUCUGUUCACAAGAUGUUUAGAAAUGACAUCAGCCAUGUUUAUAACUUUUUGAAACCUACCAUAAAAAUCAUUGGAAAAUUAGUGAGAUACACUUGCACACAAAGAAAUAAUAAUAUUAACAAUAAUAAUAAUUUAUCAAUAAUCUUAUUAGAUUAUAUCAUUGACAAGUGGCUGUCGGAGCAUCCAGAGAAUGUUGUUGCCAUCCACUGUAAGGCGGGAAAGGGUAGAACUGGAACUGUUAUAUCCUCCUAUCUAGUACAUAUGUUGAAAAAUAAUGUUCCAGAGGUGUUUGCCACCUCUGAUGCUAUUCUGAGUACGACUCUAGGAUUCUUUAAUUCGAUGAGAAGCAAAAGCGGUGAAUGUGUGACCGUUCCAUCGCAGAAGCGGUACGUUGGAUACUAUAUUUCCUACCUCAGAAACGAAAUUUCCUACCAGUCUCUAUUAAAUCCUCCUAUCUAUCGUGUUGCCAACAUCGAACUCCUAUUCCUCCCAUCAUCGAUUCACCUGACCUCCAUUGAGAUUCACAAUAGAUAUAAUCCAAACAUAAAGAGUUUACCAAUUAUUUUACAUAAAAAAAAUAGCACACUCUAUAUGGAUUCAACUCAAUCGAUAUUUAGAAUUGUUGUACAUACUUCAUUUAUAAAAGAACCAUUGCCAACUGACAAUGGAAUUACUACACUUUCAUUUGGUCGUUCGAUUCUCGAUGGUGCCACACAUGGUGCGCUGGACGACAAUCGAUUUUCCAAUGAUUUCCAACUGAAAAUUGCACUAGAAUCAGUGACCCAGCAACACUAUCCAAUUACAGUGGCGAGAUCACGAUCGUUGUCAGAAUCUCCAGCUAUGCAAAACCUCACAGUACCUCUGGAACUCUGUCCACCUCCAAUACCAGACCGAUCUAAAAAACCAUUGCUUUUGUAUCAACACAAUAAUAAUAAUAAUAAUAAUAAUAACCAAACACAACAACACAAUAUUGGUAACAUUCCAUAUUCUCUGUCGGAAAGUGAGAUUUCAAAAAACAGAUAUUCCACAUCGUCUUCUUCAUCUUCCUCGUCCUCAACAAAUACACACUUAUCAUCAUCAUAUGAUAAUGAAUAUAUUUUAUAA